AUGAGAGAAAGGGAAAGGGAGACUGACUACAGCUAAACAAGAGGCACAGCAGCAGAAGCAGCACCAGAAGCAGCAGCUGGUAUUCGGGUGAUUAAAUAGUUCUCAUAGCCUUUUUGCUGUUCUCUGACUGCUCCCUGGUGUAAUUCCCAUGUCCAAGAAGGAAGCUGCAUUUUAACGGUGUGCUGAACGGAGGUUUGAAUCAUUCCAGCUGGCGGCUUGUUUUGAAAAGGACAGUAUGUGUAUAAAUAAAAUGUGACUGUGCUGGAAGAGUUCAGUUACUCGGGGCUGGAGCAAGAGGAGUCUUCCUGGGAUACUGCUCACACUGCUGGUAUGAACUGAAAACUCUCUCUAGUUUAUCUGAGCCAAGUGAAGAAAUUUGAAUAGUGGAUGUCUCUUUCCCUCACAUUAGACAAACUCAAGUGAAAAGAAAAAGGAAGAAAUUCUUCUAUAGUACCUGAGGGACCCAAGAGGAAAAAAAGCUGAGGGGAAAAAAGGAGAAAAUGUAGAUCUGCUAAUUGCGUUCUAUUCACCUGGGCUACAGAAGUGGACUAAGAAAUUUGAUAAUGUUAAGCAUCAUCUCCAUUGAUUUUUUGCAAGUGCUGCAUUCAGAGAAGAUCUCUUCCAAUUUAGAUUUCCAGAUACUUUGACUUUGAGCUCUAACAACUUUAUAACCUCCCCAAAGCCCCUCAUAAAUGCAUUGCAAUGGUGACAUGAACAUUUGGGGCGUGGUACCAGCACCAUUUUUUGUCCUCUCUGCUAUGGCACUUUAAGAGGAUAAAGCCAAAAAAGUUUUUUUCUUUUAAAUUGAAAGUAUUCCAAAAAAUGAAUCUUAUUGUGAAACUUCGUAGAAGUUUCAGAACACUGGUAAUUCUCUUAACCACCUUCUGUUUAGUAAGCAUAGUCAUUUCCGCCUAUUACUUAUAUACAGGCUACAAGCAGGAGAUGACCCUAGUUGAAGCCACUGGAGAAGCAGAAUGUGAGGGCCUUAAACUUUUACCAUACAGGUCCAUGGAGCUGAAGACUGCUAAGCUGAUGGAUCCAUCUAAUACUGACCCUAUUGUCUUGCUAUUUGUGGAGAGCCAAUACUCCCAGCUUGGACAAGAUAUCAUAGCCAUCCUCGAGUCUAGUCGAUUCCAGUACCAUAUGGUAAUUGCACCUGGAAAAGGUGACAUUCCUCCUCUUACAGAUAGUGGCAAAGGGAAAUAUAUGCUUGUUAUAUAUGAGAAUAUUUUAAAGUAUGUGUCCAUGGACUCAUGGAAUAGAGAGCUUCUGGAAAAAUACUGUGUGGAAUACAGUGUUAGCAUAAUUGGUUUUCACAAAGCCAAUGAGAACAGCUCACCAAGUAUUAAAUUAAAAGGAUUUCCACUAGACCUUUACAAUAAUGUAGCCCUCAAAGAUUGCUUUGUAAACUCUCAAUCUCCUCUACUGCACAUUACCAAAGCACCACGGGUUGAGAAAGGCCCACUACCUGGGGAAGACUGGACGGUUUUCCUAUUUAAUCACUCCACCUACCAACCUGUGCUUUUAACUGAAUUACAGACUUCCAGAUCCUUCCCACCAUCAUUGCCUAAGGCUCCACUGUAUGCUACAGUGAUUCAGGACUUGGGGCUUCAUGAUGGGAUUCAGAGAGUCCUUUUUGGAAACAACUUGACCUUUUGGCUACACAAGUUGAUCUUUCUAGAUGCUGUCUCUUUCCUGACGGGGAAGAAGCUCACAUUGUCCUUGGAUAGGUACAUUCUUGUCGAUAUAGAUGACAUCUUUGUUGGAAAGGAGGGAACACGGAUGAACGUCCAGGAUGUGAAGGCAUUACUAGAGACUCAAAAUUUACUGCGCACUCAGGUUGCAAAUUUUACCUUCAACCUUGGAUUUUCAGGAAAGUUUUACCACACAGGAACUGAAGAGGAGGAUGAAGGCGAUGACCUGUUGUUGGGGUCUGUGGAUGAGUUCUGGUGGUUUCCUCAUAUGUGGAGUCACAUGCAGCCUCAUCUCUUCCAUAAUGAGUCAUCACUGGUGGAGCAGAUGAUUCUCAACAAGGACUUUGCACUAGAGCAUGGUAUUCCGACUGACAUGGGCUAUGCAGUGGCUCCGCACCACUCUGGGGUCUACCCUGUACAUGUUCAGCUUUAUGAGGCCUGGAAGAAGGUCUGGGGUAUCAAAGUCACAAGCACAGAAGAGUAUCCACAUUUAAAACCUGCACGGUACAGACGGGGCUUCAUCCACAAUGGCAUCAUGGUACUUCCUCGACAGACCUGUGGCCUUUUCACCCACACAAUUUUCUACAAGGAGUAUCCUGGGGGCCCUCAAGAAUUGGACAAAAGCAUCCGAGGAGGUGAACUCUUCCUCACCAUCCUCCUGAAUCCCAUCAGCAUCUUCAUGACCCAUUUGUCCAACUACGGGAAUGACCGCCUGGGGUUAUACACCUUUUUGAAUCUGGCCAACUUUGUUAAGAACUGGACUAACCUAAAACUACAGACUCUGCCUCCAGUUCAGCUGGCUUACAAGUACUUUGAACUCUUCCCUGAGCAAAAGGACCCUCUCUGGCAGAAUCCAUGUGACGAUAAACGUCAUAGGGAUAUCUGGUCCAGAGAUAAAACUUGUUACCAUCUUCCAAAAUUUCUUGUGAUUGGACCUCAGAAAACAGGAACAACAGCACUUUAUUUAUUUCUCCUUAUGCAUCCUUCUAUCAUCAGUAAUCUCCCUAAUCCAAAAACUUUUGAAGAAGUUCAGUUCUUCAAUGGAAACAACUAUCACAAGGGAAUUGAUUGGUACAUGGAUUUCUUCCCUACCCCUUCGAAUGUCACCACUGACUUUCUGUUUGAGAAAAGUGCCAACUACUUCCAUUCUCAGGAGGCUCCCAGACGAGCAGCUUCCCUGGUCCCCAAGGCCAAGAUCAUCACCAUUCUCAUUGACCCAUCAGAUCGGGCAUACUCCUGGUAUCAGCACCAGCGAUCUCAUGAGGACCCUGCAGCUUUGAAGUUCAAUUUCUAUGAAGUGAUUACAUCAGACCAUUGGGCUCCCUCAGAGUUAAGAACUCUCCAGAAGAGAUGUCUCAUCCCUGGGUGGUAUGCUACCCAUAUAGAAAGAUGGCUAACUCACUUUCCCACUUCCCAGUUGCUAAUUAUUGAUGGACAGCAGCUAAGAAGUGACCCAGCGACAGUGAUGGAUGAAGUGCAGAAGUUUUUGGGAGUCUCACCUCAUUAUAAUUACUCUGAAGCUCUAACGUUUGACCCUCAGAAAGGCUUUUGGUGUCAGCUGCUGGAAGGAGGGAAGACCAAAUGCCUGGGAAAAAGCAAAGGCCGAAAAUACCCACCAAUGGAUCAAGAGUCUAGAGCUUUUCUUUCAAGCUACUACAGAGAUCACAAUGUGGAACUGUCCAAACUACUGCACAGAUUGGGACAACCCCUGCCAUACUGGCUGAGACAGGAGCUUCAGAAAGUGAGAUAGCACUGAUGUUCAGAGGACCAAAGUCUCUAAUGACCGUUACUGGCACCAUAAAACCCCUCGCUUCCCCGACUCACUUGUGAUUGUCAGUAGACGACCUCAUGAAUAACUGUCUCAAAAUUAAAUACAAAUAUAAAACUGUUUAUAUAUGCACGCGCUGACAGCUAUUAGCAUCAACUCCUUUGUCAGCUUCUGGGACACAAUAUGGAGCUAUGUGGCAUUAUUCUUUAUCCAGCCUGGGACUCAUGCAUAGUCUAGUCCCUCUGUUUACCAGAAAGUUCCAGAAACUGUAUGUAUGAUUGAUAGUCUUCAUCAUAUAUGACAAAUUACAGCCUGUCAGGACACAAGCAAAGAACAGAAACAUCUCUCGGUGGAUUGUGAG